AGGCUCCGAUUCUCCCUCCGAACGGCGACAGCGCCUGCUCCGCCAGAACGCAACGUGGCGCGCAGCAGCUAAGCGCCCCGCGCACCCGUUUCCUGCUGCACCCAUGUCGGCCAGCUGUGUUUCCUACUACUCUCGAAAGCAAGAAAAAACCCCAUAAACACUGUACGAGAUCACUGACCAUAAUCAUUAGCAAUUUAGCAUUAGCCUCAGCUGGCGUACCGUCGAGUCCAUUCCCACCUUUCUACCCCUUCCAGAAACCUCCAGGAUCCGACUCCAAUCGAAUCGCCAAAGCAGACAGGGGCGCUCGCGGGGGCGCCGAGCUCGACGGGGCGAGAUGGCCGGGAACGACUGGAUCAACAGCUACCUGGAGGCUAUUCUGGACGCUGGCGGGGCCGCGGGAGAUCUCUCGGCAGCCGCAGGCAGCGGGGACGGCCGCGACGGGACGGCCGUGGAGAAGCGGGAUAAGUCGUCGCUGAUGCUCCGAGAGCGCGGCCGGUUCAGCCCCGCGCGAUACUUCGUCGAGGAGGUCAUCUCCGGCUUCGACGAGACCGACCUCUACAAGACCUGGGUCCGCACCUCGGCUAUGAGGAGUCCCCAGGAGCGGAACACGCGGCUGGAGAACAUGUCGUGGAGGAUCUGGAACCUCGCCAGGAAGAAGAAGCAGAUAGAAGGAGAGGAAGCCUCACGAUUGUCUAAACAACGCAUGGAAUUUGAGAAAGCUCGUCAAUAUGCUGCUGAUUUGUCUGAAGACCUAUCUGAAGGAGAAAAGGGAGAAACAAAUAAUGAACCAUCUAUUCAUGAUGAGAGCAUGAGGACGCGGAUGCCAAGGAUUGGUUCAACUGAUGCUAUUGAUACAUGGGCAAACCAGCACAAAGAUAAAAAGUUGUACAUAGUAUUGAUAAGCAUUCAUGGUCUUAUACGCGGGGAGAAUAUGGAGCUGGGACGUGAUUCAGAUACAGGUGGUCAGGUGAAAUAUGUUGUAGAACUUGCUAGGGCUUUAGGUUCAACACCAGGAGUAUACAGAGUGGAUCUACUAACAAGGCAGAUUUCUGCACCUGAUGUUGAUUGGAGUUAUGGGGAACCUACUGAGAUGCUCAGUCCAAUAAGUUCAGAAAACUUUGGGCUUGAGCUGGGCGAAAGCAGUGGUGCCUAUAUUGUCCGGAUACCAUUCGGACCAAGAGACAAAUAUAUCCCUAAAGAGCAUCUAUGGCCUCACAUCCAGGAAUUUGUUGAUGGCGCACUUGUCCAUAUCAUGCAGAUGUCCAAGGUCCUUGGAGAACAAAUUGGUAGUGGGCAACCAGUAUGGCCUGUUGUUAUACAUGGACACUAUGCUGAUGCUGGUGAUUCUGCUGCUUUACUGUCUGGGGCACUCAAUGUACCCAUGGUAUUCACUGGUCAUUCUCUUGGCAGAGAUAAGUUGGACCAGAUUUUGAAGCAAGGGCGUCAAACCAGGGAUGAAAUAAAUGCAACCUAUAAGAUAAUGCGUCGAAUUGAGGCCGAGGAACUUUGCCUUGAUACAUCUGAAAUCAUAAUUACAAGUACCAGGCAAGAAAUAGAACAGCAAUGGGGAUUAUAUGAUGGUUUUGAUCUAACUAUGGCCCGGAAACUCAGAGCAAGAAUAAGGCGUGGUGUGAGCUGCUUUGGUCGUUACAUGCCCCGUAUGAUUGCAAUCCCUCCUGGCAUGGAGUUUAGUCAUAUAGCACCACAUGAUGUUGACCUCGACAGUGAGGAAGGAAAUGGAGAUGGCUCAGGUUCACCAGAUCCACCUAUUUGGGCUGAUAUAAUGCGCUUCUUCUCAAACCCCCGGAAGCCAAUGAUUCUUGCUCUUGCUCGUCCGGAUCCGAAGAAGAAUAUCACUACUCUAGUCAAAGCAUUUGGUGAACAUCGUGAACUGAGAAAUUUAGCAAAUCUUACACUGAUCAUGGGGAAUCGUGAUGUCAUUGAUGAAAUGUCAAGCACAAAUGCAGCUGUUUUGACUUCAGCACUCAAGUUAAUUGAUAAAUAUGAUCUAUAUGGACAAGUGGCAUACCCCAAGCACCAUAAGCAAUCUGAAGUUCCUGAUAUUUAUCGUUUAGCUGCGAGAACAAAAGGAGUUUUUAUCAAUUGUGCAUUGGUUGAACCAUUUGGACUCACCUUGAUUGAGGCUGCUGCAUAUGGUCUACCCAUGGUUGCCACCCGAAAUGGUGGGCCUGUGGACAUACAUCGGGUUCUUGAUAAUGGAAUUCUUGUUGACCCCCACAAUCAAAAUGAAAUAGCUGAGGCACUUUAUAAGCUUGUGUCAGAUAAGCACUUGUGGUCACAAUGUCGCCAGAAUGGUCUGAAAAACAUCCAUAAAUUUUCAUGGCCUGAACAUUGCCAGAACUAUUUGGCACGUGUAGUCACUCUCAAGCCUAGACAUCCCCGCUGGCAAAAGAAUGAUGUUGCAGCUGAAAUAUCUGAAGCAGAUUCACCCGAGGACUCUCUGAGGGAUAUUCAUGACAUAUCACUUAACUUAAAGCUUUCCUUGGACAGUGAAAAAUCAGGCAGCAAAGAAGGGAAUUCAAAUGCUUUGAGAAGGCAUUUUGAGGAUGCAGCGCAAAAGUUGUCAGGUGUUAAUGACAUCAAAAAGGAUGUGCCAGGUGAGAAUGGUAAGUGGUCGUCAUUGCGUAGGAGGAAGCACAUCAUUGUAAUUGCUGUAGACUCUGUGCAAGAUGCAGACUUUGUUCAGGUUAUUAAAAAUAUUUUUGAAGCUUCAAGAAAUGAGAGAUCAAGUGGUGCUGUUGGUUUUGUGUUGUCAACGGCUAGAGCAAUAUCAGAGUUACAUACUUUGCUUAUAUCUGGAGGGAUAGAAGCUAGUGACUUUGAUGCCUUCAUAUGCAACAGUGGCAGUGAUCUUUGUUAUCCAUCUUCAAGCUCUGAGGACAUGCUUAACCCUGCUGAGCUCCCAUUCAUGAUUGAUCUUGAUUAUCACUCCCAAAUUGAAUAUCGCUGGGGAGGAGAAGGUUUAAGGAAGACAUUAAUUCGUUGGGCAGCUGAGAAAAACAAAGAAAGUGGACAAAAAAUAUUUAUUGAGGAUGAAGAAUGCUCAUCCACCUACUGCAUUUCAUUUAAAGUGUCCAAUACUGCAGCUGCACCUCCUGUGAAGGAGAUUAGGAGGACAAUGAGAAUACAAGCACUGCGUUGCCAUGUUUUGUACAGCCAUGAUGGUAGCAAGUUGAAUGUAAUUCCUGUUUUGGCUUCUCGCUCACAGGCUUUAAGGUAUUUGUAUAUCCGAUGGGGGGUAGAGCUGUCAAACAUCACCGUGAUUGUCGGUGAGUGUGGUGACACAGAUUAUGAAGGACUACUUGGAGGCGUGCACAAAACUAUCAUACUCAAAGGCUCGUUCAAUACUGCUCCAAACCAAGUUCAUGCUAACAGAAGCUAUUCAUCCCAAGAUGUUGUAUCCUUUGACAAACAAGGAAUUGCUUCAAUUGAGGGAUAUGGUCCAGACAAUCUAAAGUCAGCUCUACGGCAAUUUGGUAUAUUGAAAGACUAAAUCUUUGAUCUUUGCUGGUCAGCAGAGGAAUCAAAGCAGGAAUGUAGGAUCGAGGAGAGUGACAGGACUUCCCCUCUGUGCACUUCGCCGAAAAGUAAUAAUGGGAUUGCUAUGCAUGGCCCUUGUUGUACACUAGAAAAUUGGGCACGCAAACUUGUGUCAGUUUUUCCGCUGUUGCGAAAUUCAGUGAUGGUGUUUUUGUAACUAUACCAACCUGUGUCAGUUUUGCCGUUGUUGCAAAACUCAGUGAUGGUGUUUUUUGUAAUUAUUAUACAUCCGAAUAAUAAGACUGGUGUUUCCAGACAGACUAUGCAAGCUAAGGGGAAAUCACGAUUUUCCUAGAUCAAAUAUGUAAUAUGUUCUUUUCCGA